AUGGCUGGCCCAUCACGACCCCCCGAUAAGAAACAAGCCUCCAUCUCGAGCUUCUUCACCCCACGAAACACCAGUCCCUUGGUCAACCUCAGCCAAAACGCCUCCAAGAAGCCGCCACCAGCCGAGUCCAAGUCGACAUCCUCGAGAAAACGACCCGAACCCCAAACCGACGACAGCGACGAUGAGGCUCCUAGAGAUGCCAAACGGCGCAGGUCGAAUGGCCCAUCAGCAACAACAGACACCGAAGACGCCGUUGCCUCCUUGAAGCUUUCUUCCUCCUCCCGAACAGAACGGUAUGCUCUUAACUCGAGCCGGCCCUCCCAAGACGAGGAAGAGAAGGAAGAAGAUGCCGCCGAACGCAAAAAGAAGGAAGAACUCCAUCGAAAAUUCGUCAAGAAGCUCGGUCACCCCGACAGCAUGUUCAGCUACAGGCAACGAGACACCGAGUCCGCUGCCGUCGAAGGCGAAGGCGACGAGGGCGAAGACGACGAAGAGGAACCAGCACCCAAGACCACGGCCAAAAAGAAGGGCGCCAAGACGGGCAAACUCACUCCCAUGGAGCUGCAGUUCCUCCAAAUCAAACGGAAACACAUGGAUACACUCUUGAUCGUCGAGGUCGGGUACAAGUUCCGCUUCUUUGGCGAAGACGCCCGCAUCGCGGCCAGAGAAUUGAGCAUCGUCUGUAUACCAGGCAAGUUCCGAUAUGACGAACACCCUUCCGAAGCCCACCUCGACCGUUUUGCGUCCGCCAGCAUACCCGUCCACCGUCUGCCUGUCCAUGCCAAGCGUCUUGUUGCUGCCGGGUAUAAAGUCGGAGUAGUCCGGCAGAUCGAGACGGCCGCCUUGAAAAAGGCUGGCGAUAACCGCAACGCCCCCUUUGUCCGGAAGCUCACCAAUGUCUAUACCAAGGCCACCUAUAUCGAUGAGACGGGCGAGCUGGACCAGCCAGGCGAGACCACGGGUGCUUCCUCUGGUGGCUACCUGCUUUGUCUGACGGAAACCCCGGCCAAGGGCAUGGGAACGGACGAAAAGGUCAAUGUCGGUAUCAUCGCCGUCCAACCCGCUACCGGCGACAUCAUCUACGACGAGUUUGAAGAUGGAUUCAUGCGGCGGGAGAUCGAGACCCGACUGCUUCAUAUUUCUCCCUGCGAGUUUCUCAUCGUCGGCGACCUCAGCAAAGCCACUGAUAAACUCAUCCAACACCUCUCCGGCAGCAGCACCAAUGUCUUUGGUGACAAGAGUCGUGUCGAAAGGGUUCCCAAGAGCAAGACCAUGGCAGCCGAGGCUUACUCGCACGUUACUGAUUUCUACGCCGGCAAGGCCAAGGACAGCGAUGAACGCUCAGCAGCCUUGCUCAACAAGGUGCUCAAGCUUCCAGAAGCCGUCAUGAUUUGUCUCUCGGCUAUGAUCACCCACCUGACCGAGUACGGCCUGCAGCACAUCUUCAACUUGACGAAGUACUUCCAAUCAUUCAGCACACGCCAACACAUGCUCAUCAACGGCACCACCCUCGAGUCUCUCGAAGUCUACCGUAACGCCACCGACCACUCCGAGAAGGGCUCUCUGCUUUGGGCCCUGGACAAGACCCACACCCGCUUCGGCCAGCGUCUUCUCCGCAAAUGGAUCGGUCGCCCCCUCCUCGACCAGCAACGCCUAGAAGGGCGCGUCUCUGCGGUCGAAGAACUACUAAACAAUCAGUCCACCGCCAAGGUCGACAAACUAGUCAACAUGCUCAAGUCCAUCAAGGCCGACCUCGAGCGCAGCUUGAUCAGGAUUUACUACGGCAAAUGCACCCGCCCCGAACUCCUCUCGACCUUACAAACCCUCCAAAAGAUUUCCUUCGAAUACGCCCGCGUCAAAUCUUUUGCCGACACGGGCUUCUCCUCCCCUUUGCUCACAUCCGCCAUCAUGACCCUGCCUUCCAUCAGCCCCAUGGUCACCGCCCACCUCUCCAAAAUCAACGCCGAAGCCGCCCGCAAAGACGACAAGUAUGCCUUCUUCCUCGAGCAGCACGAGACCGAAGACAUCUCGGAACAUAAACUCGGCAUCGCAGCUGUGGAACAAGACCUCGACGCACACCGCUCCGAAGCCGCCAAGGACCUGGGCAAGAAGGUUCCCGUCAACUACGUAACCGUUGCGGGCAUCGAGUACCUGAUCGAAGUAGCCAACACGGACCUCAAGCGCGUCCCUGCCUCGUGGGCCAAGAUCUCCGGAACCAAGAAAGUCUCGCGGUUUCACACGCCUACAGUGCUGAGAUUAAUAGCCGAAAGGGAUCAACACAAGGAAUCCCUAGCUUCAGCCUGCGACCAAGCCUUUUCCGACCUGCUGGCGCAAAUAGCAGGGGAGUACCAACCGCUGCGCGACGCCGUCUCCUCAUUAUCCACUUUGGACUGUCUCCUGUCACUAAGCACAGUCGCUGCAUUACCAGGCUACACCAAACCCACUUUCCUACCCUCUUCCCAUCCUUCUUUCCUCUCCAUCGACCAAGGCAGACAUCCAAUAGCCGAACACCUGUUGCCCAAUGGGUACAUCCCAUUUACCAUGUCCCUCGGCACUUUGUCUCCGUCCGCCUCUUCCCCUGACCCUAACCCUACCAGUCCCUCUGGAAAGCCAGCCCUAGCCCAACUAAUCACCGGCCCCAACAUGGGCGGCAAAUCCUCCUACACCCGCGCCGUCGCGCUUUUGGUCUUACUCGCGCAAAUCGGCUCCUUCGUGCCCGCCACUUCCAUGACCCUGACCCUCUCCGACGCCAUCUUCACCCGCAUGGGCGCCCGCGAUAAUUUGUUCAAAGGCGAAUCGACAUUCAUGGUCGAAGUCUCCGAGACGGCUGCCAUUCUGCGCCAAGCCACGCCCCGCAGCUUGGUGGUGCUUGACGAGCUAGGCCGUGGCACGUCCACGCAUGAUGGACGGGCGAUCGCUGGUGCGGUGUUGGAGUAUGUGGUUAGGGACGUGGGGUGCUUGAUGCUGUUCGUUACGCAUUAUCAGGAUUUGGCGGGGGUGGCUGAUAGUUUGUUACUGGAAGAUGGGGAGGGAGGAGGGAAGAAGAAAAAGGGAGUGGAGUGUGUGCAUAUGCGGUUUGCGAAAGGUGUAGGGGCCGAUAAGGAUGAAGAUGAGGAGAUUACGUUUUUGUAUGAUUUGGCGCCGGGCGUGGCGCACAGGUCGUAUGGACUGAAUGUUGCGAGGCUGGCGAGGAUACCGAAAAAGGUGUUGGAGGUUGCUGCGAAGAAGUCGAGGGAGUUGGAGGAGGAGGUGAGGGCCAAGAGAGUCAAGGGGGCGAUGGGGUUGGUGGGGGGUGUGUUGUAUGGGGGAGGUGCCCCCGGUGAUCAGGAGGAGAAGUUGGAGCAGUUGGUGGGGUUGGUUGAGCAGUUGUGAGUGGUUACGGGUUAAAGGUUAUGACAUAAAGGUAGAGAAAGGAUCAUGAUAUAGUGUAUAAGACUCAAGUCCUUCAAGUAGGUACCUACCUAACCAGCUCUUUCCGACAGAUAAUCAACACAUCAAACCACAUCCUGGAAAGCUCCAGAGUACACCCACUCUACUCAUCAUCGGACGGCCUGCCCUUCAGGACCUUGGCCAUAUCUUCAUUUACCAUACUAAACGCACCGCUUCGUUCCCAAAUCGGCGGCAUUUCAAGCAACGAAUCACUGCUGAAACUCGUCUGCACUGCAGAACCAGCGAAACGAUCGAGCAUAUCCCCACCCUCUUGUCUCUUGAGCUUUGGGGCGCGUAGAGGACGUGCUGGAC